UACGUCAAUACUUAAUACUAAAAAUGGUAACAGAAUAACCAAUAUUAUUCUAUACUUUAUUACUUUGUUAUUUGAUCAACCUACUAUUUUUAAUCGCAUACCUACUUGUAAUGUUCGUAAAUUAAUAACAUACUUACUUGCGUAAAUGAACAGUCAAAUUAUGUACUGAAUUUUGUUUUGUAAAAAAUAUUUUGUAAAUUUUCAAAAGCUAUUAGAAGCGUUUAGACACGAAAAAUAUAUGUCACAAUAUGUUACUUUUGUAUAUUAAUUUUAAUUUAGACUAACGAAUUAUAUCAUUGAUCUAUAACUACAACAUUGAAUAUAUUGAAUAAUAAUGAAUUAAGAACGCCACUAUUAUAAUUAAUGAUAAUAAAAUUUCAUAAUUUUUUUAAACUCUCCAAUUAAUUUUCAAAUUUCUGUAGUUAAUAUAUUUUUUUUUCUAGUUGUGGUUGUGGUACUUACGUUUACGAACAUUAUCACCAUACCCAGAUACCAAUAUGAUAAAUGAUAAUUAGUGAUAAUGAGUGAUAUUAAAAUUUAGGAUAAUAAUUAUCACGCGAGUUCUUGACUACAAAUGGUACGUCGUCUCGUAGUUGCAAUGAAAAAUUAUGACGAGGACAACAAGUUAUAAUGAAAAUUGUAAUAUUUAAUUUGUUUAUUCUUGUAUUAAAUUUUUUUUUCUAAUUACUUUAAGAUAAUAUUGUUUGAUGCAAUCGACCUUAAAUAUAUAAUAAAUAGAUAUAUAAUGUGAUUUAAAAUAUAAUUACUUACAUAUUUUUGAAUAAUAUUAUUAUUCAUCUAUAUUAAUUGCCCACUCGUGUUUUCAUACACACCCCAAGAUGUUCUUUAUAAAUUUGUCUUAUAAGGAGUUCAUCAAUCCGCGGUUCUUUGCACUAACUCUAUCGUCAUAUAAUAAAUUUUUCGGCAUUUUAUCAUCUACUGAACAUAAUAUUUUCCCUUCGGUUAAUCAAAGUGCAUACGUACGACAUACAAUUUCAAAAAUCAAAAGUGACAUUCAUAUUAAUGAACAAAAACAAUUUGAUUCUUCAUUUACCAUUAUAACAGACGCAGUGUCCAUUGAUGAAGAGUCACUACUCGUUAUUGAAAUUGAAAAAUCUUUAAAACAUUUACGUUAUCAAAAUGAUCAUUGGGACAAUGUAAUAUUAUUAUUAUAUUAUUUCUAUUAAAUUUAAGUUAUAAAUUAAAACAAAAAAAAAUGUUGAUUUUGCUAAGUAGGCCAUACAUGGAUAUAGAGAAACAGAAAUUGUCACAUGGAAAGAUCCAAGAAAUUUGAAUAUUAUGCAGAGGCUUAGUAGUAGAGUAUUUACAGAUAAAUCAUCAACCAACCCAAUGCAAAGAGUACAUAUUCUAGAUUUAUUGAAUAAUGGGUAUGUCAAACCUCAUAUAGAUAGUGUACGAGUAAGUAUAGUAAAAUUUGUAUUUCAUUAAAAUAGAUAUAUUGAUAUAAAACAAAUUAACAAGACAAUAAAUAAGUUUGGUUUAAGUUUAAAAAUUAAUUAAUUAAAUAGUAACUCAUGUGUUUAUUUCACUAAUAUAUAUAAAAUUAUAUUAUUUAAAAUAAUAGAAUAAGGCAAAGAAUAUUAAAUUAAUUAAUUAUAUUUUGAAUAGUUUUGUGGAAAUAUAAUUGCUGGUUUAAGCUUGUUGUCUGACUCUGUUAUGCGGUUAGCCAACGAGAAUGUUCCAGACGUCUAUACAGUAUAUGCUUUGUUACCACGCCGUUCAUUGUAUAUUAUGAAGUAUGUUUUCAGCAAUUAUAAUAAAUAUUAAGUAGAACUUUUUAUUCACAAUAAGUUUAGGCAAAUAAUAUUGAAUAAAUAGGUACUUAAAAUAUUUUGAAAGUUUUAAAUUUUUUUUAUAUAUUUUAUUAGUUUACAGUUUUGUCUGUGUCAAUAUUGAAUAAAAAAAUUGAAAUAAAAAUAAAUAAGUGUUUCCCCAUUUCCAUCCUACCUAUAUCACUGCAGUAAUCCCAUAAAUAUUUAGAAUGUAUUUUCUUGCCUGUGAAUAGCUAUUAUACCCAGCUUUCCAAGCACAGUAUUAAAUGAUACAGUGUAUUCUGAAAUUAGCUAUUGAUAAGAACACUUAGUUUCAUGUUGUAUAGAGUGAGUUAUAUCUUAUCAUAACUAUUUUAUUGUCAUUAACUAAUAGCAAUCAUAUACAACGAAAACCUAUUUGAUUUUCAUAAGCUAAAACAAAAUUCAUGUGUGAGCCACUCUAUAGUAACUUUAAUGGAUUUAUAAAUUGAGCCGAGAGUUUUAAAGAAUAUGUGUGCACAAUUUGGACACCAUCAGUGCAGUAGUUUUUGAGUCUAUAGAUUGAUGAACAAGAUUAUAAGUACAUUGGUUUCCUUUAAAAAUACAUUCAAUAAUUUAUUAUAUACUUAUCAUGUAUUAUAUAGUAUUAACAUCAAACUUUUUUCAAUAUUCAAAUAGAGUAUUAUAUAGAUUUGUUUUUUUUGUAAUAUUUAAAUUUGAAUAUAAUAUUCAUGUAAAUUAGUAACAGUUUUAAAAAUUAUUCAGUUCAUUAAUUCCAAAAUGUAUUGAACAUCAGAUAAUAUAAAUAAUCAAUAUUAAAAAACUUAUUCACCGAUGAUAGGUUUCUCUCAAGAUUAAAACCAAUCUAUUUGUAUUUAUCUUAAAAAUAUAUUAUUUAAUGAUUUGAGUAUUAUUUUGCAAUUUUCAGGGAUCAUGUCAGAUAUAAAUACACACAUGAAAUAUUAAACAAUGGAGCACCAUCCAUAUUUAAUGAUAUGCAUAUUGUACGUCAACGGAGAAUAUCUAUUGUAAUGAGAAAUGAACCAUCGACUGAAAUUGAAAAAUAAUUUAAUAAAGACCAUAGACUUAUAAGUCUACAAUAAUGAGGUUAUUUGAAAUAUUUUCAUGUAGUAAAUUUGCAUGCCUAUCAAAAACCAUAAGAGUUAAUAAGGAUGUAUUAAAAAAAAGUAUUUUGUUAUUUGAUAAAUAGUUUUAUUUUUUAAAUCUUAAAAUGUAGUGAAAUUUCAAUCAAAAAUAUUUAAAUUCAACCAACAUAAUUUUAUUUUGCCCCAAAUUUAUAUGCCCAAAGUCUUAACAAUCCUACCAUCCUGAACUUCUCUUCUUCUGCCUCACCACCCAGGUCAGUCCCCUGUUGAUUAGUAUUAUUUAAAAAAAAAUUGUACUUUUUGAUUAGAAAAGAUUAAAAGUAAUUCAGACAGUGUAUAGUUAAAUUAAUAAACAAAUUAUUUGUUUAAGAAAUAUAAAGUUCAGAAAUAUAGAAUGUAUAUCCAGCAGAAAGAGGGGUAAAAUGAUCCAUCAGUAUAACUACAGUGAAAUUUAAAAAGUUUUUUUAAGAAAGUUCAAAAAAGCUGUACUAACUAAAGAGGAUUAACCAACUGGGAUUAACCAAUUGGGAUUAAAGUUCUUUUUUUCGGUAUUGUAGAUUCAGCAAAAAUUUGAAUUAUAUUGAUGAGGGAAGAAUAGAAAAAGAUUGAAAACAUAAAAUUAGGGCAUAGGAUUAGUUAAGAAAGUAUUCAAAUUAGUACUAAAAGUGGAGAUAUGGAGGACCUUAUUAAAGUGGAUUGUUAUGAUAGGAUUAUGGUUGCUUUUGUGAUGCUCAUUAAAAGCCUGCCAUGAUUAACCUAGUGAGUAUUAUUUAUCAUAAUAAAUGCAGUAAAAAAAAAAGAAGGAAGCAUUUAAUAUUCACAUUAUUAUUAAUUGAUAUGUAUAAAUUUUGCACAAGCAUAGAAUUUUUUCAGGGGAUUAUUAAGAGGAUAUACAAGAGAAUACUAGCUAUUUUUAAGUCCAGCAAAUACAUCUACAGAUUUUUCUUAAGUGAUAUUAUUUACUUCUUUUUCAACAUUUAUCAUCAUGAGAACAUUUAGUCUAUGGCCCAUAGACAUUUUUACAUUUUUAAAUUAUGAAAAAAUCUUUCAUUUAAUGCCAUUGUAAUUGAGAAAUUUUUUAUUAAUGAAAUAAUUUUUAAUGUUACCAUAAUAGCAAUCGCAAAGUUAUACAACUUUUUACAAUGUAGUUCUUUACUUAUACCUGUAUACUGUAGGUAUUAGGUAUAUCUGAUAGAUGAUCAAAUACACAAUACAUUCAUUGUUUAUUCAAUUACUUGAUAGCACAAUAUUUGUUUACUGCAGACAAUAAAACACCAACACUGUUAAUAUAAAAAUAUAAUUUAAUUUUGAUUUAAUAAAAAAAUGGUGCAUUAUUUCAGCAGACCAAUGGGGACUAUUUUAAAAGGAAGUGGUGCAUCUGCACACCCUCCUCUCCCCAAAUGACACCCCUGUUAGAAAAACUAAAUCAUUAUAAUAGUAUGUUUAUAAUAAAAUUCACUAUAUUACAUAUGUAUAUUAUUCUACAUUCUAUUCAUAAAUUUGUUAUUUAUAUAUUUAUUUACUUUAUUAAUAAAAUAUUAUCAAGGUAAACUAUUAU